CGGCUACAGUCGGGGGGAGGCGGCGGCGGCGGCGGCGGCUGCGGGCAGAGCGCAGUGCUCACGGCACUGGGCGAUCGCCGUCGGGGCUCGGGCGGUGGGCAGUGGGCGCAGGCUCCCCGGUGCCCGCCCCUCCGCUGCGGGGGAGGGGGGCGCAAGCGGGCGGCCGGGGAGGGGCCGGCACCGCCGCCGCAAAAUGAGCCUGCUGUCGGCCAUCGACACGAGCGCCGCUUCGGUGUACCAGCCCGCCCAGCUACUCAACUGGGUCUACCUGUCGCUGCAGGACACGCACCAGGCGAGCGCCUUCGAUGCCUUUCGGCCCGAACCGCCCGCAGGCGCCGCGCCCCCAGAACUGGCCUUCGGAAAGGGCCGCCCGGAGCAGCUGGGCUCGCCCCUGCACUCCAGCUAUCUCAACAGCUUCUUCCAGCUGCAGCGCGGAGAGGCACUGAGCAGCAGCGUGUACAAGAGCGCCUCGCCCUACGGCUCCCUCAACAACAUCGCCGAUGGCCUCAGCUCCCUCACUGAGCACUUCUCAGACCUGACCCUCACCUCUGAGACCCGCAAGCCCAGCAAGCGGCCCCCACCCAACUACCUGUGCCACCUGUGCUUCAACAAAGGACACUACAUCAAGGACUGCCCCCAGGCUCGCCCCAAAGGUGAGGGUCUGACCCCGUACCAGGGCAAAAAGCGCUGUUUCGGCGAGUACAAGUGUCCCAAGUGCAAGAGAAAAUGGAUGAGCGGGAACUCGUGGGCCAACAUGGGGCAGGAGUGCAUUAAGUGCCACAUCAACGUGUAUCCGCAUAAGCAGAGACCCCUGGAGAAGCCCGACGGCCUGGACGUGUCCGACCAGAGCAAGGAGCACCCCCAGCACCUCUGCGAGAAGUGCAAGGUGCUUGGUUACUACUGCCGCCGGGUGCAGUGAGCCAGCCCACCAUGCCCGCAGCCGCCCGCCCAGCGGCCGGAGGGGACGCCACUCCCUGUGCCUCUCCUCGUUGCCGUGUGUCCUGCAGCCUUACACGCCUGGGCGGGGGUGUCUUAGGUUCUCGUCUCAUGUGUGUUGCCAAACAGUGUUACGGACGUGGCUGCCCCCACCGAAUGCUGGGGCUCUCUGCAGGUGGGCCUGGGGUCUGUGUGGAGGGGACAGGGGUAAGCAGAGGUCAGCACCCAGGACCCCAUAAAGCUCUUGGUGUCCCCUGCCGGCGGUCUUCCUCUGAGGCUCCCUUUGGGGUGAGCAGCCUUGUAUUGGCCACAAGUGCACUAAAUGUACUGUGAAUCCCAAAGCCUGCAGGGGACUGUCUCCCCAAGACUAGCCAGGCCUCCUUCUCUGCCCACAACCUUCCAGUUUGCCAUGUGUGCAAAGCCACUCUCAGAAAAGCCCUACGUUUGUGUCCUGUUUGAGUCAGCAAUCCUGGCAAGCUGACCCCUGUUCUAGCAGCUGCUGGGGAGUGGGCAUCUCUGCCCUCUGCCCACCAUGAGCCCCAGACCCCACUGCCUGUGAUGUCAUUAGCAUUGCAUACCCUAGACCCAGAGGUCAGGGACAGGGAGGUGCUGAAUGUUGGCCAGUGUCCCACAGUGUGGCCUGGGACACAUCAGACAAUGCCUCUCCCCGCCCCCACCACACACUUCGCCCCACUUGGGAUUAGAUUUUGUGCUUGGAUUGUGUCAGGCCCCUUCCCUAACCUUGUCCUUCACCCACACCCACACUGGGGUCCACCCCCUGAUGGAGGCCGUAGGGCCCGGUGUGGAAGGCCCUCUGGCAGGACAGACACUGGCCUGGUGGUCUGGAGACCUAGGUUCAUGUGCCAGUCCUGCUGCUCACACACUACGAGGCCUCAGGAAGGACUUCUCGACUCUAGCCCUCAGGGCGCCCCGCUAGUUAAGUGAGGGAGGGUCUCCGGGGUGCGCAGGCCCAAUUCUGUUCUUCCCAUGAAGCUUUGUCCGGAGAGGCCCACCAAGCCCCACACUGCACAUGGUCCCCCGUCGGUCACUUUGAACACAGCGGAGGGAUGCCUGUCCUCCCCUGUCACCACCUGUAACCCCUGCCCUUCCUGAUGUCCCCAUCCCACCUCUGCAAAAAUGAGGAAGAAGAAUCCCCCUCACGCGAGGCCGACCCGUCGUAAGCUACAGAACCUCUCGUUUAUAAAAUGGGACAAUGAUUUCCUACCUCCCAAGGGAGCAGGGAGGCCUCUGGGCAAGUCACGCUGGUCAGGGCGACCGCAGUCCCGGCUGGCGGGAGGGAUCACGCUCGCCUCGCUGCUCGCUCCCCCGUGAGAAGCCCUAUUUUUACUGCCCCCUCAUCUCUCCUUUCUCCCAGGGAGCGGGAGAGAGCCGGCUGGCGGACUGGGUCACUUGGUUUUGCCCCAACAUUAUGCCUCUGUGGAAAAACAAACAAACAAACAAACAAACAAUUCAGACCGUGCAAUGGGCCUGAAAUUCAGUGUUUACCACGGCUCAAGGUCACCCAACUGGGGCCUGGUCGCCUUUUGUUUUCAAAUGAAAAUGCUGUGUACAACUGAGGGGUUAGAGGGAAGUGAUAACCAGGGGUCCAGGGAGCAAGUUGAAAAGAUGGUGUGAGUGUGUUUGCAGCUGGGGAGGGGGGCGGGGGGCGUGCCUGCAGGGGCGAUGGGGGGGGGGCGUGUCCUCUGAGCACUUAACAAGAGGCUAUUUGCUCCAGCUUGAGCCCGUGACCACCUCCGCGCUGCCCACAGGGGCAGAGGGCCCCGCAGCCAACUGUGAACACCCUACCUCCCACUGGGAGUGCCACCGCGGAGUCCCUCCCAGUGUCCCCUGUCUUCUCCAUGGUGGCGAGGGGAGCUGUAGCCAUCCCGGCCCAAGGCUUUCUGUCCGCAAGGAGAAGCUGUCACUGUCAGUCAUCCUGGUGCCGUGCGGAAGGUGGUGUCCGCAGUGGUGGGCGGUGUGCUGGUCUCUGCUGUGAGGACCAGGACCCAGCCCUUCCAGGGACCGGGUCCCGGGAGACCCAGAGCCUGCCAACCGUGCUGCGGUGGUGAGGGCAGCCCACACCCUAAAAAGAACGAAGGCUCCAGACUGCUGAAGGCUGGGACCUUCCCCGGGGCCAGUAGGAAAUGGGAUAUCCCCCCAAAGUGACCUUCCCAGUAGGCCUGUCUGUCGUCUGUGCAGAGCUGGCCGAGGUGGGGGCUGGGCCCUCCUGCCCAAGGCAGCCCCUCUCUGCACUGCCCACCCCUGCAUGGCUCUGGCUGAAUCUGGGGGCUCUCUGUGGGCAGCCCCGGCCGGGUACUGUGAGAAUUAAGUGCUCAGAGGGCCCGAGAGCCCGGGAGACAAGAAAGUGUGUGGCUUGUAUGUUCAAAAGGGACAAUCGCCUGCAGUUAGUAGAUCUGGUGACCUAGUUGAGAGAUAACGGCGUUUAACCCGUAUGAAGUAUUCGAUAGUUCUACUUGUGAAUUUGUAUUUAUUUUGAGUUAUACUUGACACAGAAUUCCUUUUUUUUUUUUUUUAAGAAAAAUACUAUGUGUGUAUUUUGAAAAAAAAUCAUAGAUGUUAAAAUUUCUUCUGGUUACCAAUUUUUCUCACAACACUGAAUUUGUUACCUUCUCCCGAAAAAAAAAAAAAAAAACUUCACGGUUAUCUUUGUCUGUAUAUAUUUGAGGGCCUUUUUUUUAAAAAAAGAAAAAGAAAAAGAAAAAUAUAAUUGCUUGAUUUUUGAGAUUUAAAAAAAAUAAAGAGAGGCAUUUUCAAAAACUUCGGAGCUUUCAGGAGGGCACCAGAAUAUCAAAUGAAGAUGUCUGGAAGUAUUUUUGCAAACCUUCUGUUUGAGCUGCAAGAAAAUAUUUAUGGUGAGAACUUUUCUCUUUUUUCCUAUUGUUGGGUUUGUUGUUGGUUUUUGUUUGUUUGUUUGUUUCAUUUUGUGUUUGGUUUGAUUUUUUACUAUGCUUUGAUCUGUAAAAAGUAUGCAACUGAACUACAUUAAGAAGGAAAUAUUGUCUACAUAGAAUAUUAUAUGAAGUUGGUACAUAAUUCUGAUGAGAAAAAAAAAAUCUUUGCAAUUCUUUAAGCCAUAUUGUUAUUCUGUGUUGUUUUCCUUGGAUGAAAAUAUCAGUAUUAUGUAGCCAAGCAUAUUAUUCGAGUGCUUAGACUUAUUAAUAUGUUUGUGUCCUGUAUUUAUACAUGUGUGUAUUUUGGAAAGUAUUGCUUUUUUUAAGGGAAGCUAUUAUUAGAUAAUGUAGCCAAAAAGGGAAUAGUGACCCCUUUGAGCCUCUCCAGCUGAGGGUAAAAACACAGCAUUGUAAUCUGUUCUUUUGCACCUUCUUAUUAUUAUCUUGUUAUUAUGGUUAUUAACUUUGUGGGGGGGCAGGGAGUGGGCCACGGAAAGAGGGGGCCUAACAGUAUUACACAGCCAGCUUAGGUGACUCACCAGCCCCUCCGUGGUCGGCCAGCUCCAAAGAUGGCCUCCUUGGCCUGGUGGAGGGCUCCGGUCAGCAGGGCCCAGGAGGGAAGAGUAAACAGGAGCUUGACUUCUCCACGGCCCUCUUUGGAGCUUUGUCAUUGGAGCCACGCCUCUGGACCCCAUGCUCUUUGAACUGGGAUGUGCCAACCAGAGCCCUUACACCUGCCUCCAGCAUCAAAUAGACUUGAAUCUACUCUAAAUGCAUAUUUAAUCCAACAUCACUACAUUGUAGCCCAGAACAACAACUAAACGGUAGUGUGGGAGGCGUUCCGGCCUUCAGGGAGGUGGCUGAGCCGUCCCCAAGGGCUGGUGGCAGAAGGGCCCAUCGCCGUCUUUUGCCAACCUUGCCGUCGGACCUCCUCGUUCCCGUGUGGUGACCCUGUCCAUGUCUGUAUCUGUUAAUACGUGUGUGUCCAGCUAAAAAGACAAACAGAACCCGUGGGCCCGGCUCGGAGGGUGCGUGGAGAAGGCUCCCGGUCUCUCCGAAGGGCUGCCCUCGGGAUGGCAUUCCGUUGUGUGCCUUAUUCCUGGAAAAUCUGUAUACGGCUUGCCUAUAGCAAUAUAGCCUUUUCAUGCUGUAUUAAAAGAACUUUUAAAAGCAA